AUGAGGCUGCAAGGUCAAAGGAGGAGCGCUUUUAACACAGGCAAAUGCUGUGUGGCGACUAGCAGAUACAGCAGGAUUCUUCUCCCGACUACUGCAGCUCCCGUGAGGAGAAUCUGGCUGCUGAGAGGGCAGCUGCUGCUCCCGCUGCUGCUCUCAGGGCUGCAGAAACCCGCCUGGAGUUCUCAGGUUGAAAAGAAAAUUGACUUUGACCUGGCACCAGAUUCCUUUGACGAUCAGUACCAGGGCUGCAGCAAACAGGUCAUGGAGAAGCUAAGUCAAGGGGAUUAUUUCACAAAAGAGCUACAAGGCCAUGGAAAUUACUCCAGGGCCUGGCAAAAAGCUCACAUAACCUGGCUGAACCAAGCAAAAGACCUCCCCAAGGACAUGACUACUGCACAUGCUGUGGCCAUUUUGUUUUAUACUCUGAACAACAAUGUUCGCUCUGACUUCACUAAAGCCAUGGCCAGUGCUGGCAGAUCUCCACGGCAGUACAAGCAUUCAUUCCAUUUCAAAUAUCUACACUACUACCUGACCUCAGCAAUCCAGCUGCUGAGGAAAGAAAUCGACGAGAAGAAUGACAACCUGUGUUAUGAGGUGUAUCAUGAGGCAAAGGAUACCUACCUUAAAGCCCACCUUAAUGCUACCAUUCGAUUUGGCCAGUUCCUCUCAACCUCCCUCCUAAAGGAAGAGGUGCAGAAAUUUGGGAACCAAACAGUAUUUACCAUAUUUACCUGCCUGGGUGCACCUAUAGAAGACUUCUCCCUCAAAAAGGAAAUCCUGGUCCCACCCUAUGAGUUGUUUGAAGUCGUAAAUAUGAGCUACCACCCAAGAGGAAACUGGUUGCAAUUGCAGUCAACUGGGAAUCUAAGCACAUUUAACUGCCACCUUCUAAAAGCUUCCAGCAAGAAGUUCAUCCCUGCUCCUUUAGUUAUUGCUUCUCUCUCCAUUUUGACUAGUGUCAUCAUCUCUUCCAAAAGCAAAGUGUAG